CUUUGAAAGUCAGCAACUGGGUCCGGGGCUCGUCGUCUUCCUUCAUGCUCCACCGCGAGUACACCAUGUCGAAGCUAAUCCAUCAGUCCGCCUCAUCAUCUUCUACCGGGGGUGAAAAUAAAGGGCAUCCGCUGUUCAUGAAGGUGUUAGAAGAUCACACCUACUACAAGGACAACACGAUGAAACAAGACUUGGAGUGUCAGGAGCCGGAUUUUAAGGGCUGGAAGGGCAAUUACAAACUGGACAAAACCACCUGGAAACCGGGGGAAAAAGUAUGUUGUCAUUGUUUUAAGGAACCGCAAACAGUAUAGCCGAUAACCAUCUGCAGCUCCACCGGGUAGAGACGGCCCCUGCUCAAAGCGUGCCGCUUCUUUUUGCAUGAGUGUCGACGUAAAUAAAGAAUUAUCAAAACUGCAACUUUUCUCAGGUAUGCUACAUUAUCAUGGAGUACCUGCAAGGCCACAGGAUGCGCGGGAAAAAGUUGGACCACGGCUUCAACUUGCAACAAAUCCGGCAGAUCAUGGUGGAGUGCGCGGAGGGGCUCCAACAUUUGCAGUCCCUUGUCCCUGAAAAGAUGCCGCGCACGCCGAGCAGCUGCUUCGUCCACCGCGAUAUCAAAUGCAAAAAUGUCUGGGUCUGGAAGAGUGCGCGAUUUGUCAUGCAGCUUUUCCAUGACCCAUGAGGUCUGGAAUGCAGGACCUAGCGUGACAGAUUCCGCGCGAUCUCUCUCAUGCCUAUCCUGCAUGAGCAACGCUCUCCCGGCUUGGUCAAAACUGGACGACUUUUGGUAAUCAUGCAACACAGAUUCUUGCAUGCUUCAGAUUUAGCCUGACAAGUUGCAUUCUUCCAGACCCAGACAUUUUUGCAUUUGAUACGCGAUUUCCGGAUGGCGAACCUCUUCUGGAUGGGCAGCAAGUCGCGGGAACACGACGCAGCGAACGGCCACAUCAAGAUUCUGGACUACGGGCUCAUGUAUCAAAAGGAAAAAUCCCCCCUCCCCAUAUCAAAACGAAGUUUCUGAUGCUGGAUUUGCGUACACAAAUCAGAUUUGUCUUGCUGGAGAGGACUGCAGGCCUAUAAUCAGCCUGAGCAGGGAGGUUUUCUGCUAGGCGCUAAGCAUGGCAAACGCCUAGUCUGUAGGGCCAACAGCAUCACAAACCGCCUGCAGAAUGCGGCGGAGCCUGUGUAGUUUCGUUCCUGCAAGACAGAGAUGAUUUGAGGUCACAAAUGAGCAUUACAAAUUUCCUGAGACGUGCCUCUUCGAUAUGGGGAGGGGGGAUUUUUGCUUACGAUAUCAUGGUAUUCGCAAACAGCCAAACGGAAAACAAUUUCAACUCGGCAAUACACAUGCCGAACGCGUGUUUCGAUAACUACUGGCUGCCGGAAGAGGCCUGUGGGGUCAGUCGGAAGGGGAAUUUCAAGUCCCCGUACACGGCACUGGACAUUUUUUCCUACGGUGUGCUUUUGAUGGAGCUCAUGCACCCGAACCGCGUGCAGACCUUCAAAAAAAACACCGACAGCGAGGAUCGGAGGAAAAAGUUCAUGAACGAAAUCUACACGCGGAUCCGGAACCGGGACGGUUAUCUGCUGAAAACGCACGGAGUGAUGGCGAAAGCGCUCGGACUGGGGGAAAAAAUUUUCAAAAGACUGACGGAUUCCGAUCCGGCGAAGCGACCGGACAUUUCAUACUUGGUG